AUGGAAUAUUGUGAAAAUAAAACCUUGAAAGAUAUCAUUGAUACAGGCGUAAAGGAAGAUGAAGAUGUCGGAACGCUCCUUUACGGCGCGCCUGAGGUUGCUACCAAUGCUGUCGUGGGAACCCGCUAUAACCAAAAAGAUUUUCCAUUUGAAAAAAUGGACAAACAGGCACAUAUUAUUCGUUUGUGCAUGCAACAUAAUUCUAAAAAUCGACCUACAAGCGUAGAUCUUUUAAAAAGUGAAUGGUUACCAGCUAAAAUUGAAGAUGAACAUUUGCAAGAAAUCGUUAGAACAAUGGUUAAUGAAGCUGAUUUUGAUAUAAUCCAUUCAACACCUGCUCCUAUGGUUGCUGAAGCAGAAAUAAUAAAAGUCGUUGAUGAAAUUCUUGAAGAAUUCCCACCAUUAAAAACGAACAAUUAUUGUUUUUUUGUAAAUCAUACGAGCAUCGUAGAAACAAUUUUUGAUUGCUGUAGAAUACCUGAGGAUAUUCGGCGUGGUGUAUAUAAUUUACUCGGCCAACUUGACAAGAAAUUUCUUUUUGAUAUUAGAGGUAAUUCUUUAACUAUUAAAUACGUAAAUUCAUUUUAUGUUUUAAUAAUUUCUUAUGAUGCGGUUUUAGGUGAUCUGGAUUCAAUCUCAACUACUUUGGACAAGUUGAUUCCAGCAGCAAGUGGAGCAUCUGUUGGUCGGCAACAAAUAUUCGCAGUUGGAGUUAACAUAGCAGUACAAAAAAUAGUCAUUGCUCUAGAAACUUAUCAAAGCGCCAUAUCUAAAAUGAUUCAAAAAAAGAAGCUUGAAGAGGAAAGGAACCUUGUUCGUGAAUUGUGGGCACAUAACAUUAAAGCUGACUUCAUGUAUGAAGAACCGACAGAUUUUACUCCUGAAAUUCUGGCUUCUUCAUGCAGGGAUAAAGGGAUUAAUUGGAUAAUAAUAAUGAGACAUAAAAGUCAAGAUUUGUACACUUUGAGAGAUGCUGUGACUAUUUUCAAAGUAAAGAAUUUGAUAUUGAAAACUGAAGAAGAAGCGCAUGAUAACAUUUCUGGAAUAAUAAAAAAUAUUAACGAUGGUAGUGUUCCUGUUGUGGCAAUAGACGUAAGUCGUGAAUUGCUACGCAAAAUCUCAGAUUGUGAUGUACUAGACGAUGAGUCAUUUAAAUGUAAAAUAUUUGAUAUGGUUUCUCCCCAACAAAAAGAAUAUUUAAGUAGUAUUCAAA